CCUCUCCCCAAACUGAGAACUUAACAUGCAAUCAACACAGACAAAUUAUCGCCACACAGGCACUUAAGGUGUGAACUCAAUCAUCAACCUGCUGUUUCCAUGACAACCCCUCCACUAGUGUCACCUUUCAGCGGGCAGCCACCGCCUCAGCAGCAGCAACAGCAACAGCAGCAGCAGGCCCAGGCAGCUCGUGAUGUCAACACGGCCUCGCUGUGCCGCAUUGGCCAGGAGACGGUCCAAGACAUUGUCCUCAGGACCAUGGAGAUCUUCCAGCUUCUCAGGAACAUGCAGCUGCCUAAUGGAGUCACCUACCACCCCAACACCCACCAGGAUAGACUGGGAAAACUGCAGGAGCAUCUUCGCACGCUUUCCGUGCUCUUCCGCAAGCUGCGCCUCGUCUACGACAAAUGUUCCGAAAACUGUGCCGGGCUCGACCCGAUCCUUCCAGAGCAACUGAUACCCUUUAUGGACGAUGACGGCACCAAACAUGACGACCACUCAGCCGGCCAGAACCGCCCUGCAGCCGAGGACAGGAGAGAAAUCCAGGAGGUCAACAAGAAGCUGAAGCAGAAGAACCAACAGUUGAAGCAGAUCAUGGAUCAACUCCGCAACCUCAUCUGGGAAAUCAACUCCAUGUUGGCUGUCAGAAGCUGAAAGACACCAGAAGAACUGCUACCACGAAGACACUGCACAUUUGCUGAGGUGGCACUUUAGUGACAAAGCAAGGACUUCAUUCAGCAAAGUGGAAAGAUGAAGACGACAUACCACCGAGGAAUGAGUUGACAAUAUGCAACCCGCAAAAAAAACAAAAGGCUGGUGGUGAUAUUCUGGACUACCUCGAUAUUCGACAUUUCAAUCUCCAUUAUGAUUUCAAUUCAACUCAUUUUUGUUUUCCCAUCUCCAUAGAGAGUUAAUAGAUGUAGAAAGACAUUAUAAUCUAUUUAAUCUUCUUAUUUUGUGACUGAUCAUCUUAACCGUUUGAAAGGUUUCAGAUUUAUUCAAUUUAAAUACUGGAAUGAGACAAACAUUCAUGUGGUUAAUUUCUGUCAAUGUUUUUGUUUUCAUAACUUAAAUUUCAAUGUACGUAAACUUGAACACUUGAACAAAUUAAAAUGAUCUAAUUAAUAAAUGAAA